AUGGACAUGAGUGAUGUUGUUACCAAACUGUGUUCUAUUAGAGACAAGCUUCUUCCAACUCGAUUACAUCGUGAGGGCCAAACCUUAUAUGCUGCUCAAUCGGCAGAAGUAAAACAUUCCCAACAAGCACUCAAGUUGGAGAAGAGAAAAAUAAAGAGUGACCUCCCUCUUUCUAUAAAACUCAACUUUGUAUCGAUCAGCUUCCUCGAUUUUUUGGUUCAACAACUCCUUCUCCCUCUUCUCCUUCUCCUCCAAUCGAAUCACAUUUUCCCUAAGCAAUUACAACAGAAAAAAUGCCCGGGUCUUAAUUUGCUCGGUUUAGCAACCUCUAUAGUUGGUGGAAAUGACACAGAUCAGCAAGCUUUACUCGAGUUCAAAGCCAAGAUAACUGGUGAUCAGCUGAGGAUUAUGCAUUCCUGGAAUAGUUCCAACCACUUCUGCCAAUGGUAUGGUGUUACAUGCGGUCGCAAACAUCAGAGAGUAAUCAAGCUGGAAUUGCAAUCCCAGAAACUAGCGGGGUCUGUAUCGCCAUACAUUGGAAAUUUGAGUUUUCUCAGGGUGUUGAAUCUUGGAGGCAACAGCUUCAACAACGAAAUUCCUCGAGAAAUUGGACGUUUAAGAAGAUUGGAAAUAUUAGAAUUGUCCAAUAACUCCAUCAAUGGUGAAAUUCCUUCCAAUUUAUCUGGUUGUUCUAAGCUAACAUUUGUUCAUAUGAGAGGCAACCAGCUAACCGGAGAAAUACCGGGUUUGCUUGGUCUCUUGUCAAAACUAAAAUUUUUAAGUUUUCCCAACAACAGUUUAACAGGGAGUAUCCCACCUUCCCUGGGGAACUUAUCGUCUCUGGAGACACUUGCUUUGGCUACGAAUGGACUAAAUGGGGUUAUACCUCAAUCUCUUGGGCAACUGACAAAUCUUUCAUUUUUUUCUAUAGCAGUAAAUGCAAUUUCUGGAAUUGUUCCUGUCUCAAUUUUCAAUCUGUCUAAGAUUACAGAUUUUGAUAUUGGCGAAAACAAGAUUCAAGGUACUCUUCCUUCUGACUUAGGAAUCACUAUGCCAUAUAUUAAAUUCUUUUCGGUCGGGCAUAACCAAAUCACUGGACAAUUUCCUGUUUCAAUAUCCAAUGCCUCAAAUCUCGUGAUUCUUGAAGUUUCAUCAAAUCAACUUAAUGGAAACUUGCCUUCAUUUGAAAAGCUGGAUAAACUAUCUAUAUUUGUCAUAGGCUAUAAUUAUUUUGGAAAUGGAGGAGCAAGUGACUUGAACUUUCUUUGUUCUUUAACCAAUACUACAAAACUAGAAUAUCUAGAGACAAGCCAAAAUAAUUUUGGAGGGGUAUUACCUGAGUGCAUUAGUAAUUUGUCUAUCACUAUUUGGUCCUUAGUAAUACAAGAUAACAAAAUAUGGGGAAGAAUACCAUCUGGGAUUGGAAAUCUCAUUAACUUGGAGUUGCUAGAUGUAUCGCGUAAUCUGCUAUCAGGUUCCAUUCCGCCUGCUAUUGGGAGGCUUCAGAAGCUAAAGAUAUUUUAUGCUAAUAGAAAUUAUUUUCUCUCUGCGGCUAUUCCCUCUUCUAUUGGAAAUUUGACAAUGUUAAUCCAACUUUCUCUAAAUUAUAACAAUCUUCAAGGCAACAUUCCUUCAAGUCUUGGUAAGUGCGAAAAUUUGGAGGGGUUGGGUCUUUCUCAUAACAAUCUUACUGGAUCAAUACCCCCCGAAGUAAUUGGACUCUCAUCCUUGUCCAUUUUUAUAGACUUAUCAUCCAACUAUUUAACUGGUGUGCUUCCUGUUGAAGUAGGAAAUCUGAAAAAUCUAGGUGGUUUGUUUGUUUCUCAAAACAGGUUAUCUGGUUUGAUUCCAAACAAUCUUGCUAGCUGUGUAAGAUUGGAGAAGCUGUUCUUAGCUGGCAAUUUGUUUGAAGGGCCCAUUCCUUCAUCUUUGGGUUCAUUGAGAGGUCUUAUGGAAUUAGAUUUAUCUAACAAUAAUCUUUCCGGUGAAGGUAUGAUACCAAUUGAAGGAGUCUUUAAGAAUGCAACUGCCACAUUCGUUGGGGGAAAUAGUAGACUUUGUGGAGGCAUUCCCGAGUUACACUUGUCCAGAUGCAACUCGAAAGCAUCCAUCAAAAGAUCAAACACUUCUCUCAAAUUAAAAAUUGUAAUUGUUUUUGUGAUCUUAGGAGUGACUUUGAUAUUCUCAUUUCUCCUCAUUUGGUCGUUUAGAAAGAAGAAAGAGAAGCCAACAACAACUUGUGCAGAAAAUUCACUUUUACAGUUAUCAUACCAAAGCAUCCUAAGGGCUACUGAUGGAUUCUCUUUGCAAAAUUUGGUUGGUUCGGGUAGCUUCGGUUCUGUAUACAAAGGAAUUCUAGAAGAGAAAGGAGUAGUUAUUGCCGUUAAGGUGCUUAAUCUUCUUACUCAUGGAGCUUCCAGGAGUUUCUUAGCUGAAUGUGAGGCCUUGAGGAACAUUAGACAUCGGAAUCUUGUCAAGGUAUUAACAGCAAUUUCAGGUGCCGAUUAUCAAGGCAAUUAUUUUAAAGCAUUGGUUUAUGAGUUCAUGGCAAACGGAAGUUUGGAGGAUUGGCUGUAUCCAUCUGUUGGCAUGAUUGAACAGGAGAUGAUCAGAAACCUGAAUUUCUUCCAAAGAGUAAAUGUGGCUGUAGAUGUUGCGCAUGCACUGGAGUAUCUGCACCAUCAUUGCGAUGCACCAAUUAUUCAUUGUGACCUCAAGCCAAGCAAUAUUCUACUUGAUGAGGAAAUGGUUGGCCAUAUAAGUGACUUCGGCUUAGCAAAAAUCCUUUCUGCUGACAGGCUUAACAAUUCUACUACUCAGUCAACCUCCGUCGGAUUAAGAGGAACUAUUGGUUAUGCUCCACCAGAAUAUGGGAUGGGAAGUGAGUUGUCAACAAAAGGUGAUGUUUAUAGCUAUGGCAUCCUCGUGCUUGAGAUGUUUACGGGGAAAAGGCCGACUAAUGAAAUGUUCAAAGAAGGUUUCAACCUUCACAACUUUGUUGUGGCAGCUUUGCCAGGACGAGUGAUUGAGAUUAUAGAUCCCAUUCUUCUUGAAGAGCGAGUCAAACAAGGAAAUGACAGGCAUUUUCAAUUCUUGAAUUCAAUAUUUGAAAUAGGAGUCACUUGUUCUGCCGAAUCCCCAAGUGAGCGGAUGGACAUGAGUGAUGUUGUUACCAAGCUUUGUUCCAUUAGAGACAAGCUUCAUCCAACUCGAUUACAUCGUGAGGGCCAAACUUUAUAUGCUGCUCAAUCAGCAGGUAUCUGAGGAGCCAUAUCAAUGGACUUGAGAGGCUUAAGUGCGGCAAAGUACUGCCAGUCCUUUAUUUCACAUUGUAUCUGGUAUUUGCAGAAGUAAAACUUUUCCAACAAGCA